AUGGAGAAAUUCAUGACGACGGGUCGUCCACAGCGUAAUCGUCGACAUAGCAGGUGCGUGUGUGUAUGUGAACGUGCCUGGCCACCAGAGGAUGACCUACAUCAAGCGCGCCUGGUGAAGCGGCUUUUUACACCCGAAAUAAAGCGUAUGCUUAAGGACUGGCUUGUGCGGCGACGCGAAAACCCAUAUCCAAGUCGGGAUGAAAAGAAACGCUUGGCCAAUCAAACUGGCCUAACGUACACACAAAUUUGUAAUUGGUUUGCCAAUUGGCGGAGAAAGCUGAAAAAUUCUGAGCGUGAACGUAGCAAAACAUCUUGGGGUCAUCUUAUUAAGCAUUACAAUACGAAUGCACGUGGCAAUGUGGAACAAUUUAGUAUAUCCUCGGAGGAUAGCAUUUGGGGAGAAGAUGAAUUGGAACGGGAUGGGGAUGUGUACAAACGAAGUGAUGAGGAUGAAUAUGCGAGACGUGAAGAUGGUAUUUCUAGUGGCACUGAAGGGACUGUGAGCUCUUCGAGUGGCGGUUGUUGUUAUAAUUUUGCUGACAGGAGUAGGCCUAAAAUGAGUGGUUUUUUGAAAAAUCAAAUUUGUGAUAAACGAAAUACAAUAACAAAUACUCUUAUUACCGCCCAUGAGCCAACAGCAAGUAGUAUCCCUGAUCAAAACACAAAUUCAUGCCAACAAUGGAUGAGUGGCGGCAAACAACACGCUACGGAGAAACCAAUAUCAACCCCUAACAACGCAAAGUACAAACAGAAAAUGAUGGAAAAGUAUUUGCGAGACACGCGUGAUGCGCAAACUGCAACCGGAAUGCCACAGCAGUCGGUGCCCGCACACACCAGCCGUGAUGAGCUAAACAAAGCUGGCGUGCACAAUGUUGAUAGUACGGCACUGACAAAAUGGUUGGAGAGUGCAGCACGCUUUACGCCCGAUAAGAACAAUUAUUUUAUCGAAUGGAAUGGCAGAACAGGUAAAUUGGAACGUAAGCAGCGCACAAAGCAACUACGCCGCGUCACCAUUAUACCAGCCAACUCCAGCAUCCUGCAACGUAAAUCUGCUUAUUCCUGCCCUACACAAUUAGAGCUGGACGCCGCUGAGGCAUUAGCCAAUAUGGCAUUUAACUGUCGACAGCGAAUGUUGGAUUGCAGUCCUGCCGGUGGUGCGAGUCUGAAGACUGUCAAUGCAAUUAGUUCCUAGUGAUAGCUCCUAACAACCAGUUGCAUACAUAUGUACAUAUGAGAACGAAAGAAAGCAUUCCAGUGUAAAUUUUGGGUGCCAAAGACUAUACGAAAUUAGAUAAAUUUUCAUCACUAAAAAAUACCUAGACUAAACGGAGUUCAAAAGACAAGUAAAUGUGUAAAAUGAGCAGGUGAAUAAAGUAAAAUAUGAAUAAAAAAUCUUAAA